GAUCAGCGCUGCAGUGCUGCGGGGAAUUGUUUUUAAGCUGUUCGCGAUUUUCAGUUGAAUGUGUAGAAGAGUAAAGACGAGAGAAUAUAGUAGAUAAAUAGCUUGAUUUUCUGUUGGAUUUGUUUUAUUCGCUGUGUGAAUUCAUUGCGGGUAGCGACACAAUACAGGAGCCACAAUGCUGAUUAAAGUGAAGACGCUGACUGGCAAAGAAAUUGAAAUUGACAUUGAGCCAACUGACAAGGUGGAGAGAAUAAAGGAAAGAGUGGAGGAGAAGGAGGGAAUUCCACCACAGCAACAAAGACUCAUCUACAGUGGAAAACAGAUGAAUGAUGAGAAAACAGCAGCAGAUUAUAAAAUCCAGGGUGGCUCUGUACUGCAUCUGGUCCUUGCCCUCAGAGGGGGGCGAGGGCAUCAAUGUGCCAACAACCAUCUGAAGGCCUUAUAAUCACCAGAUUUCCCCAUGUUAGAUGCCCCGUCAGCCUCAACAACCGAUGCCACAGCUCCUUAAAUGAUAUGACUUAACUCCACUCUGUUAAUACCUGCACUGGCUUUUGCAAAAGAAAGCCUUUCUGUUCUGCAGUAUCUUCCUGUCGACACCCUCGUCCCCUAAUUUAUCCUUUAUAGAGCACUGUCCUGCUCAGUUUCUUAUGUUUAGUAGAAGCAAAGCUGAGUAAUCAUUGUUAAUGUAAAACUGAUGCAGUAGAAUCAUUUGUCAAUAAAACACCACAUUGGCAUUUUCA